AAUCAUGAAGGUGGUAGGAGUCAUCGGAGCCGGAGCAUCAGGUCUCUGUGCUACUCGGCACAUCCUGGCCUCAGAGGAGCUAACCCCAAUCGUAUGGGAACAGUCGUCACAGAUAGGGGGUGCGUGGAGGGUCUCCAAAGAGGUUGGGACAGACAGCAGAGGCUUUCCUGUACACUCGAGCAUGUAUGAGAGUCUGAGGACAAAUUUGCCAAAAUUGAUCAUGAAAUUCCCAGAUUUUGAAUUUCCAAGUACGGUAGAAUCCUUUGCACAUCACACAGCCGUUCUCAAAUACCUGGAAGAUUAUGCUGAUCAUUUCAAGCUUCAUCCAUAUAUUAAACUUGGCCACCAUGUAGAGAAUGUGGCUGUAGUGGAGAGUGACGAAGGGCCUCCGUCCUGGGCUGUUACAGUGAAAGAUCUGUCAACGGGUGUAGUCAGCACUGUCACAUGUGAUGCCCUGCUUAUAUGUAAUGGGCACUUCUCCACGCCUCAAAAGCCACAUAUUGAAGGGAUUGAGGAUUUCAAGGGUCAACAGGUUCACAGCCAUGACUAUCGUGAACCGUCACCAUACACAGAUUCUAAAGUUAUAAUCCUUGGUGCUGGGGCCUCUGGGCUGGAUAUAUUAAUGGAAGUAUCUACUGUUGCAAAGGAGGUACUUCUUUCUCACAACCUCCCAGUUCCCUUCCCUUCUGAGUUCCCUCCAAAUGUCAAACAAGGUUCAGGCAUAGUGAAAGCUGUGGAAAAUGGGUUUUAUCUUAAAGAUGGUAGUUUCCAAGAAGCAGAUGCCUUACUAUACUGCACUGGCUAUAAAUAUACCUUCCCAUUUCUUGAGGAUAAAUGUGACAUCACUUUUGAGAAUGAUUAUGUGAAGCCAUUGUACAAGCAAAUCAUCAAUGCUUCCUUUCCCACAAUGGGGUUUAUAGGACUCCCAUCUCGUAUCAUUGCCUUCCCACUCUUUAACUACCAGGUACAAUACUUCCUCGCAACGUUAACAGGGAAAACUCCUCUACCAAGGACAGCUGAAAUGAAAUCAGAGAUUGAAGCCUAUGCUGAAGAGAGGAAGAACCAGGGAUGGAAAGAAAGCCAGUACCACAUCCUGCAGAAUGACCAAUUCCAAUACAUGGAAGACCUAGCAACUCUGGCAGGCGUGGAAUUGCCUUCACCACACCUGAAAAAGAUCUGGGGAGUGGUAAUUCCGCGUGUGUUUUUCUCCUUUCCAAUCUUCAAGUCCUACGAGUAUUCCGUUGGAGAAGAUGGGGCAUUAGUUGAGAAGUGGGAGGGCAAGGUGGUCAGCACAUCCUGGGACCUUACAAUACUUAUGGCAAAACAGACAUUCCGGCUCCUGUGGCGCAAUUUUCCAAAAGUUACAUAUAUUCUGGGCUCUGCAAUUCUUAGGAAAUUAAAGGGUUUUGUUGGAUUGUGAGGUUUCUAACAUAUCAGACGAAUGGUUAAGUUGUGUAGACCAAAUCCUAACUAAAUCCCGUAAACAAGCCGAGAAACCACAAUUGCACACCGUUACCGCGAACAAGAAAAACAG